GAGCCGCGCGGAGCAGCCGUGGGAGGGGGACGGCUGCCGGGCGGGACGGACGUGCAGGUCGAGGCCCAAUCGGCGCGUGGUCCGGAGGGGACGGGCGCGGGUGGGGCUGGGGCGGACGCCCUCCCGGCCCGGCGCGGGAGGGGCAGAGCCUGCGGGGAGGGGCGCGCGUGGCGGUGCCGCUGCGGGGGGCAUGUCGGUCCCUCCCUCCCCCGCGCCAGCGAGCCCUCCUCUGCCCAGCCGCUCCCCUCGGACGGCGAGACUGGGUGAGCUCUGCUCGCGCCGAGCCCGGCUCCCUUGACCGUGCCCGUGAGGAGGAUCAAAAAGGGAAUUGCUUCAGGAUCAGCAGGGAAACGCUCCGGAGACCAUGGAGCACCAGAACUCAGGGCUGGCCAAACGUUUGGCCACACUGUUCUCAGGUCUGGUGGAGUGCAUGUGUUUUGCGGGUGUCAUUUUUGGAUGGGCAUCCCUGGUCUUUGUCCUCAAGGAUCUGAACUACUUUAAGGAUCUCUGUGUGCCAGCUGCCAAUCAAACAGCAAAUCAAACGAACUCAGACUGCAGUGCCCAGGAUGAACAGUUCUCCCUCAUCUUUACGAUUGGGUCCUUCAUGAACAACUUCAUGACCUUCCCCACGGGCUACAUAUUCGACCGCUUCGGUACGCUGGCAGCCCGUCUGAUUGCAAUAUCAUCCUACACGAUGGGUACCCUCCUCAUUGCAUUUUCCUCAGCAGCCACUGCGCUGAUGCUAUUUCCAGCACUGUCCUUUCUUUCCAUUGGCGGAAUCCUCCUUAUCCUCACCAACAUGCAGGUUGGAAACCUCUUUGGAAAACACCGUUCCACUAUCAUUACCCUCUACAAUGGGGCCUUUGAUUCUUCAUCUGCAGUAUUUCUUGUCAUCAAGCUGCUGUAUGAACAAGGCCUUUCACUGAGAUCCAUGUUCCUCUUCAUGUCUGCGUGCAGUGUCUGGCACUUGAUCCGCACGUUCUUCCUGAUGCCCCGCCACCAUAUCCCGUAUCCACUGCCCCCAGGGUACACCUAUGGAUUGAGCUGUAAGAGGAGGUCCCAGUCAUACCGCACCUAUGAGGAACAACGCUCCACCAAAAGCCCAGAUGUGCAUGAAGUCCAGGACUCAGAUAAUAGUGACUCAGCACUCACUGAGAACCAUGAUGCCCAAAAAGCAAUUUCUGGCAAAGAUGAUACUGAGACCACACCAAAUCUGAAGCCAGCAGCUGUUAAAUCCUUCCGGAGCUGUGUCUUCUCCAGGAUGUUCUUCUGGCAUCUGAUGUGGCUGUCAGUGAUGCAGCUGCGCCACUACCUCUUCAUCAGCAUCCUCAACCCCAUGCUGACACAGUUGGCGGACGGAGACUCCUCUCUUGUGAGUGUCUACACCAAUGCUUUUGCCUUAACCCAGCUGUGCGGAAUUCUUUGUGCCCCUUGGAAUGGGCUUAUUCUUGACCGUCAUAAACGAAGGCAGAAAAAGGAGGAGAGUUCCCAAGGGGUGUCAGAUUCUCUCGCAGACCUGCGUUCCUGUGUGCUAUCGCUGACCGUCACGGUAUUGCAGUGCAUGGUCUUCUCAAUCUGUGCCUCCAUCCCAGUGCUCCCUGUGCAGUAUGCCACCUUCAUCAUGCAGGUUCUGAGCCGCUCCUUCCUCUAUGGCGGCAAUGCUGCCUUCUUGGCUAUUGCGUUUCCCAUGGAGCAUUUUGGGAAGCUCUAUGGUCUAGUGAUGGGACUCUCAGCAGUGGUGUCCCUCCUGCAGUAUCCCUGCUUUGCACUCAUCAAGGGCCCAUUCAAGGGGGAUCCCUUUUAUGUGAACAUUGGCUUCAUAUUCUUAAUGCUGCUGGCUUUGGUCAGCCCCUGGACAGUAUGGCGGGAGUGCAAGCGGCUAGAGAAGAAGCAAGCUGCAGCACGCAGCACAGGCAACACAGUCCUGGCUACAGGAAAGCCAGGCGGGGAGUCCUCCAUCUGAGCCCUUUGCUGUAUAGACUUUGGGAUCCUCUCCGAACAAAAGGGAAGCUUGAGAAGACAUGAAAAGAGAAUUGAAGAGUAAGCUGUGAAAAUAAGUCUUGCCUCACUGAGCUUUGCUCCCAGGAAAACCGAUUGGGCUCUUCAUAGCUCCAUCAAUUCUCGUGCGCCCCACCAACUCCCACCCACAAGUACUACCCUCUGCAUUAAGGACAAAGAUUUAAUGCUUCCUGGGCAAGUGGAAAUGAGUGAAAAUGCUCAUUUCUGGAGUGGGGCAGGUUUGUAGAGCUUGUAACUGGGAGCAGCGCUGACCUGUCCCUGUUGAGAAGUGCAUUUCCCCUCAUUUCAGGGCUUCCCCUGCGAAGUGCUAAAUCUCAGUUUUGCAAGUGUGGGGACCUGUUUGUGCAACGGAAUCAGCAAUGGGAUUGUCGGCACUCACUGGAUUCUGCUCAUAGCCACAGUCCAACAUAAUCAGGCAUAAUUUCCCCAGUCAGUUCACUCACUGCCACAGAUGUGCUUUUCUAUCUAUAGCUCAGAUUAUAACCCUGUUUCUUCCAGACCAGUUUGUUUGUUGCUCCCUCUUUUCAAAUAGCAUUAUUUUUUUAGGAAUUAAAUGCAUAUAGUUUUCUUUUGAUAUGUGGCAUUUGGCUAUAGUUUACUGACUUCUGCAUUCUUUUCCAGAGAUAUAUUUUUGUGGAUUAUAUAAAAGUGUCAGUACUACAAGUAGCUUGAAAUUCACCAAUUACAGAGUUUAAUAUGUCAGAAAAAUGUAUUUUUGUAUGUGGAUGGCAUUUCUAUCUACCCAUUAAUUUUUUAAAUUGUGAAACCAUGGUUUUGGAUUUUUGAAAAUACAUGUUAAUGUUGAUUUUCAAGAACCAAAGUCUAUACCAGAACAUUAAGCAGAAAAAACUGUUUAGUAUUAGGGGAAGCUUUUAAACUAUUACAAUGCUUUUAAUAAGUGUUUUUAAUUAAAAUCACCAGUUGUGGAAAUAAAUACCAGUUUUGCUAAUGGAAACUAUCAUUACAGGAAGGAGGGGACCUGGGAGUGUUUUUAAGUGGUGGGAAUUACAGAGGUCCAGGGUUAAUUAAAAUUUGAAUUGAACAGAGAUCCAAACUGUGCUUACCAGAACCAAAGAGCCUGCUGCCCUGUGCCUGGGAAUGCAGGCCCUCUUUUGCCUCCCUCUCUUCAGUGCUUGGUUCGUUUCCCCCUUUACAGCUGGGAUGCAGAAGCUCCGGCUGGAAGCCAACUGCAUCAUUCCAGCAUUCCCCAAGCGAGGAUGUGCCAGACCACCAGCCAUCUGGUAGGUUUCCAGGCAUUGUCCAGCCAUUACCCUCAUUCCAAAAGCUUGAAUUGCCUCUCCUGAGAAUUUUAAGCUACAAUACAGUGACAUUUAAAUAUUUUGCCUCACCCUUUUUGCUUUAAUCCCCACUCACUGUUGAACUGCACCUGCCCCCCAGAACUUCUCUGGAAUAGAAUUGGGCCCUUUGGCUGGAAGGAGUCCAGUACUCCUGCUUUGCAGCCAAGCUCUGUUACCAGGGCACAGAAAGGAGAAACACUGCGGUCCAUUGCUGAGUCCUGGAACUGUGCUAGCGUUGCUCCUGUAUCAGCUACGCUUGACUGCGAGAACAGUGGUUUUUCCUAAUCAUCACUGGAGAGGGGAUUCAGCCUCUUUGGCCAAUUGAAAGGGGAUUCUACCCCCCCUUUUUUGAAAUCCCUGUCAGGAAGGUGCAGUGCUCUGCUUAUGAAUACUAGGAACUGAAGUGUAAAACAUUUGGAGACCUACUUUCUGCCCACCCUGGUUUAGACAACCUCAUAGCCAGUUUUUAACCUAGUCAUUCUUAUCAGGACGCCAACCCCAGCUUCGGCACAGAGCAGGAGGCUAGACUGGUUGGCCUACGGUGUGCCAAGUUUACAAUUCUAGGUGAAAACCUUAUGAAAAAUGCCACAAUCUAUGUGUGCCCAUCGCAAGCACGAACAUGAAUAACUUGAUGGUGCGAGUCACCUCUACCAGACAAGGAGUAAAGCAGGAGGCCUGCAUGGAGCAAGAGGAGCAACAGAUAGUGUUAAAAUGCAGCAUGCUGGGCAUCUCAGUACUUUCAGGUGAAUGGAGGACGACUGGCACUGCAGUGAACAUGUCUUCAUUUCCCAGCUGUCAGAAGUGGAGGAUUUAUGACCUCUGCCUGAAUGGAAAGCUCUUUCUUUGUCCAUAUGAGUGCCCCAGAAAGCUCCUUCCCACUGACCUAGACAGCUUCCCAGCAGACAGUUUUAGUGCUACCUGUCAAAAGAUGUUAUGCAGCUAUUCUAUGCAACCCACAACAGAUUUUCUGUGGUUUAAAAGCCCUAAGUUACUACUGUGUCAUUUGGAGCCCCAGUACAUUUUGUGAAUAAGGCAGAAUGAUUGUUCAAUAAAAACCUUAUCUGGGAGCACUCUUAGUUUCCUGAUACUGUUCCCCCCACCUGCCCACACCAUCCACCUGUCUAAGGCAGCAGGCCUACCCAUAUGUGCAGUCUGGUCCUCAGAAUGCUUUCUUGGAAGGAAGUUCUGUUUCCUUCAGGCUUACUCCCAGGUAUGUGUAUAACUGCAAUUUUACUUGGGUGGUCAGUCUCAGUGAAAUUAGUGGGAUUUAAUUCUCAGGAAACACUGAUAGCAGUAGGCCAGGCAGAUGUUUUCAUACCUGACCUUUAAAUUAGCCUUGGUUUCAAUGUUGGUUUAUGAAUCCCCAUGAUAAAAUCACUGGUUCAGUUUUGCCUUGGUAUAAAUUACAUAAUUUUAGCCUCACUUCUUGGUCUCACCUCGCCAGUUCACCGUAGGGGAGGUAGAAUAUAUAUUUACUUUAAACUGUUGUUGUUGGGAUACAUCCAAAAAAGAUGAAGCAAAUAGCAACAAAGAAAUGCCAUGCCACAAUACAUGUUUAUCAAGUUCCACAGGACUUUUAUUUUAAACAACAGCAGCAGCAAAGCAAAUUUAAGCUCUUUCAUUAUUAACCCUGACCUAAUUUGUGUGUGUACAUUCCAAUACCCAAUAUAUUACUGCUACUAGAAGGGGUGGUUUGAAUAUAAGACAGGGGAUGGAACUGAGUUACCUGUAAGAUUUAUAUUUGGAUUUAUAUCUUUGUACAUACAUUUCUUUUAUUUGCUAUUAAAGGCUUGUGUGAUUCCCUGACUUUAUGUCGGGAAGGUUUACAGAAUACUUUUGAUUUCUGUCAAGCAUGCAAGUUCUAGUGUUGUCUUAUAGUCAGUGGUUAUUUAAGCUGAAGGUUGCAUCAAUUCAUCCAGCUCUUACUCUGUGCUGAAAAAGUAUUAUUCAGACUGUUCUUGCAAAAGCUACUAUCCUAACCAGAAGUGGUGAAACUGUUUAUGAACAGGAAAAUUUCCUCAAAAGCACUGAAUGUAGAAAUGACUACUGGAAAAAAUAAUGAUGACUGCUAGGUAAGAGGCAUCUUGAAGUGUUGUUUUAAUUUAAUGACAGUUUGAUUAACACACUUGUCACUUGGGAACAUGUUAACUAAUUGAGAGUAUUUGUAAUUACUGUUUUCUGAAUGAGUGGUUGUGUCCUGCAAGGAUACUGUGCAAUGUUGUUAUGUAACCUGAAGCUGACUAUGGACCAUAUAAGCUUGUGCCAGCAGUGUGAAAUAGUAUGUAUAAUUUCCUCUUUUGUAAUAUUGCCCUCUGAGUAAUACCAGCCAUGCUUCAUUUGUUCUAUCUGAAA